GACGACCAAACUGGAUGAUAGAGAUCAAUAUGGCCUCAUCCACUGAAUCCGACAACCACUCCUCCCCCGAUUCACGAACAAAAACAAAAUCCGGCGCAAAUAGGAAACUGCGUAUCCCGAAGGCCUGUUAUCCCUGCUACAAGAGGAAGGUCAAAUGUGACCGGAAUUCGCCGUGUUCGUUAUGCGUGAAGAGAGGAUAUGCUCAUCUAUGCACUUUUACACAUCCACCGACAGCGUCUAAAGAGAGACCAUCUAGUCGAGGACAUCGUCAGCAACUUGAUACAAGCCGUCAUCAUAACACCGGCGGCUGUUGCGGCGGUAAGAAAGAAGAACGGCCUGAUACACAGCUGACAGGCGACUUUAUCAUGACCGAAGGCGACAAUGUACUCAUCGAUCCCCAGGAAUGGCAGAGCAUACAGGAUAAACUCGCUGUCCUAAGCCAGAGUAUGCAUUCACUACGCUCGCGGCUGGAGAUUGCGCAGUCACCACCGCCGCCAUCUGCUUCGUCACCGGCAUCGUCAAACCCGCCGUCGAUCUUUGAUGGAAGACAGAAUGUAUCACAUUCGUCGCCCAUCACAAAUCCGGCGUCACCACUGACGACCAUUGACGAGGAGAAAGCCGGAGAAGGGGUUCGUACUCGAAAUGCCCUUGGCGGGUCACCGGUUCAUUGCGGAUCAGACUCUGUGACUGCAUUUUUGUUGGAGAAGCCGAAUCAGCGAGCUAUCUUUGGUGAAGAUAGUGUUUUGUCUCAACUGGCGCUUGACAAUCAGUCAGCGACGUAUCCGUUUUUGGACCUCUGGUCAUCCAAUAUUACUUCGUAUAGUAACGAGUCUGUCUGUGCGGCGCUUCCGGAUGAUGGUGUCUGCCGAAGAUUGUUACGAUCCUAUCAUGACGUCCGCUUGACAUUGUACCCUGUCAUUACCGACUUUGACAGCUUCCAAAAGGAUGUCCAUACCUUUCUCGAGAACAGGGCUCUGCAGGGCUUGUGCGCGAAUAAUUCGAUGGCUUCUGCCGCGCCGUUCGGCUUUAGUAUUUCGUUUAUCGGUAUUCUCUUCGCGAUUCUUGCUUCGGGAUGCCAGGUAUCCGAUUUCUCCCGGAAAGAGAGGACGUCAAUGUGCCAACUAUAUAUUUCUUGCGCAUAUCAAUGUCUCCGAAAUGGGAACUUCCUGUCUCAGCCAAGUAUGGAAGCGAUUCAAACUCUGUUGAUUAUCGGAGAUGUUCUUUCGUUUAAUAUGAACCCUGGCAUCGCUUACGUAACAUUCGGUGUCGCCCAACGCAUGGCGUUGACACUAGGUCUACACGCCGAGUCGUUUGUUUUCAGAGACCCAAAUGCCAACCGACGGCAAGAACUAUGGUGGUCCAUGGCCUGGCAAGACAGCCACUUCGGUCUUUCGUACGACCGUCCCAUCGAAACACUCGCACCAUGCCCUCAAAUUCCCCGAGCAGCCGACUCCCGACCCGGAAACAGAGGCUAUUUCGAAACAAUGUGCUCCGUGAUCUCUCUGAUCCUCCAACUUCUUCGCGAAGAAAUCCUCGAAGGCCACAAGAUCAGCGACCACACCAUUCCUGCAUACAAAACCGAUCUAGACAAGAUUCUUGCCGAUGCAGCUCCUCACUUGAGGAGUGAAGAUUAUUGUUUCACACUUAAAGAUCACAUUCAGCGAUUAACACUCAAACUGCGAUCAUCGUAUUUGGUUUCGGAGAUUUGUCGUCGAUCAUUGAAACAGUCUUCGAUCGCUGGAGGCAAGAAGGCCAUGGCACCGCAUCUGUGUCAAGAAUGUAUCGAGAGUCUGUUGAAUACGAUCGAAGCGUUUAUCGAGAUACAUCAAAUCAUUCCCCACGGUUCAAGGUCAUGGAUUCAUCUUCACAGCGCUAUUAGUGCCGCAUUCUUACUUUCGGUCGAUGAAGGCGCGCAAACGGAUCCGAGUGUGUGGGCGAUACUGGAGAAACUCGAGAAUGUGUUUUGCGAUUUGACCUCUUCCGCGCACAUCAGCAGCAGUAACGCAGACAAGAUAACUCAUAGCCCCGAUUCAAUGGCUCGCGACUGGUCACCACCACCACCAUUCUCCAACACACAGUCGAUCAAUCAUACCCCUGCCCCACCAGCAAUGGGCGAUUUGUUCUCAAUGGAUAAUUGGCGCGCGUUCGGUCAGACAUUUAUGUUAUCCGAUUUCCCAUUGAGUACGGAUUCGAUGAUGAUGGGAGGCGGACACAAUAAAGGCUUCGGAAUGUCCCAUGACUUUUCGCAGGAUAUGCCUAUGGGAGGAGAAGCAGAUGGUGGUGUGGAGUUCCUCAUGGGGACAUUGAGUAGUUUGAGAAAGAUAAAUGCUGGAUUUAGGGCGCAGAAGGCGGAAGCGAUGAAGAGGAAUAGUCUUGUUGCUGUCGAGAAGAAGGCUGCUGGAGGGUCGUGUUGUAUGAGCCGGAGUAGGGAGGGAACAGGGGCUGCGACGAGAUGUCAUUAGUCUUUUUUGUCUUCGACUGUUGAAUUACUGUUUAUUGGUAGCGAAGCUUGUUAUCAUGAGAAUCAAUUCUAGGUAUCUAUCUACCAGACAUUCAACAUAAAUAAAUCUCCAAUGUUUCUAAUC